CGGGUGCUCUGCGAGAAGUGCAAGAACACCCUGAACCCCGAGGACGCCGGCACGGCCAGGCAGAACGCGAAAACCAGGAGGAAGCUGGGCAUCCAGGACAAGGAGCAGAAGAAGCACGGCGACUCCGACUACGCGGAGAAGAGGAAAAAGAGGGAGAAGAGAGAGGAUGACAAGUUUUCCGGGGAGCUGGUGCAUCGGACGCCGGUCAUAAAGAUAUCCUACAGUACUCCCCAGGGGAAGGGCGAAGUCGUGAAAAUCCCCUCGCGGGUCCACGGCUCGGUCAAACCGUUCUGUCCGGAGCGAGCGCUGCAGAACGGGGGGGAGGACCAAGAGGAGACCCGGGACUCUGAGCGGUGUCGAGAAACCAAGUGUGUCUUGGACAAGUCGGCAGGCAGCCAGCUCGCUUCCAUUCCAAAGCUGAAGCUCACGCGGCCGGUGCAUUCCAGCGCGGAUGUCCCGCCCCCAAAGAUUCGGCUGAAGCCCCACCGCAUCAACGAUGGGCAGAGCGUCUCCAUCUACAAGGCGGAGCUGAUCGACGAAAUAAGCGUCCUGCAGGGCAGCAGGGAGCCCAACCCUGGCGCCUUCUACAACGACGAGUCGGCAGACAGGAGUCUGGCUGAGGUAUCUUCAGGGAGUUCGGGUGAAGAUGACGACUUUAAAAGAUUUCCCCAAGGUAAAGAUGGACACGAUAACUUGGCUUUCCUUAUGAAUUAUCGAAAAAGAAAAGCAGAUUCUUCUAGUUUAUCGGUGUGUAGUAAUGACAGUCUAGACGAGUCCAAGUCCUCUAGUUCAGAAGUAACAUCACCAGAAAUGUGUGACUUUCUGCCUUGUGAUGAUGCGUCCGUCUCUUCAUCUUCAAAAGAUGAGCGUAAGAUUGUGCCGCCGCUGACGGUCAGGCUGCACACCCAGAGCGUGUCCAGAUGCGUCACGGAAGAUGGAAGAACUGUGUCAGUGGGGGAUAUUGUUUGGGGUAAAAUUCAUGGUUUUCCAUGGUGGCCAGCACGUGUUCUUGACAUAAACCUUAGCCAGAAGGAAAACGGGGAACCUUCGUGGCGAGAAGCUAAAGUGUCAUGGUUUGGUUCUCCAACGACUUCCUUCUUAUCCGUUUCAAAACUCUCUCCUUUCUCUGAAUUUUUCAAACUGAGAUUUAAUCGCAAGAAGAAAGGGAUGUACCGGAAAGCGAUCACAGAAGCUGCCAAGGCAGUAGAGCACCUGACUCCAGAAAUAAGAGAUCUCUUAACACAGUUUGAGACAUAA